AUGGGCAUGCAUGGACGCUUCACCUUUUUCCUCCUCCUCAGUCUCCAUGCCCCAGGGUCUUCUGUCAGAGCAACAGCCCUGCUUGACCUGCCACGCGUGGUGACUCUGAGUGAGGAUGCGAUGCCAGGCACUCACGUGGCCAAGGUGACCGUGGCCUGCAGAAAUGCAAGUGGCAGCCCCAAUGUUACCCUGUAUGGUAUCGAGCCUGGCCACCCCUUCAACUCCAUCGCCAUCAGUGCUGACCCUAUGGAGCGCACCACAUUUCAGGCAGAGAUAACGCUUCGUGCUGGUGCGGAGCUUGAUGCUCGCCAGGUAAACCAGUACACCCUGACCCUGUGGGCUGCUUGUCCUGAGGAGGAUGAGGUGCAAGAUCAUCUCUUUGUCCAAGUGACAAGAGGACAAACACUGCGCUGUGACAACCCCUUUGCCAGUGCAGAAGGAGAUGUGGUGCAAGUGCUGGCAGAUGUUGCACCCCGGACACCCCUGUAUGCAGUGUUGCCGCAGCCACUUGGUGGGCUGAUGUUCAGGCUCCGAAACCAUGAGACACCACUCACACUCACACACCAAGGCCUGGUUCUGGCACCUGCCAAUGGCUUCAGCCCCAGCAAAGACAUCCAGACAUUCAGGCUGGAGAUUGAGGUGAUGGACCGCCAUGGGCACAACUGCAGUGGCUUCGUGAGGGUGGAGGUGUUGCCAUCAAGUCGUUCCCGUGUCACCUUUCCUGAGGCACAGUGGGCUGUGACAGUACCAAAGAGCCUUGGCCCCUUGGAGGUGGUCACACAGGUACAUGCCAACGGUGACAACGUCCGCUAUGCCAUCCUUGCUCCUGUGGCACCUGCACUCUUCACCAUCAAUGAGAUGACAGGUGAGAUCUGCAGCACCCAGCAGCUGGAGGUGGCCCACGCACGUCUCCUUGUCCAGGCUUACAAUGUGUUGCACCCCAACGACCAUGCCAUUGCCACAGUAAACAUCACCGUGCAGGGCUCAGACCAGUGGGCACCAAGCUGUGUCCCAGCCAUCUUCGUGUCCCAGGUGCCCGAGACAGUGUCCCCUGGCAGCACCCUGGUGACACUGAGGUGUGCUGACUCCAGUGGCACCGAGAGGCAUCUGCACUAUGCUCUUGAGGGACCUCCUGCCUCCCGGUCCAUCUUCCACAUGGAGGGGCCACGGCUGCAGGUCAACACCACUCUGGACUAUGACUCGGAGGCUGUGGCUACUAUGGGCUUUCAGUUAACAGCCACCGUCGUGGUGACAGCGGAAGGGCAGCCCCCACAGAGCACCCGUGUGCCCGUGUUCCUGACGGUGACACCUGUCAAUGAAUUCACACCGGUGUGCCCCAGUGGUACCACCUUCACAAUGACUGAGACAGCAGCUUUUGGAAGCUCUGUGGGGUACGUGACUGGCACAGAUCGUGACUACCCACAAAACAGCCUGGAGUACAGACUAGAGGGAGGCCCUGGCCCUGCGCAGCCCUUUUCCGUCGACACUCAGACUGGCGAGAUCCGUGUGGUGGGGCCCUUGGACUCCAAGCGGCACAAGAGCUACAGGCUGAGCGUGCGGCUGACAGACGCUCACAACGAUGUGGACCCAGCAAAGCGACGGAGCAGCCUGUGCGAGGUGACCGUGCGCCUGCAGCCCGUGCCGGACCAGGCGCCUGUGUGCACCCCCGAGCUGCAGGAGCUGUGGAUCGUGGCUGGGCCAGGCAACCGCCAGCCUGUCACCCGCCUGGUGUGCCAGGGCAGUCCCAGCGAUGCGGCACUGACAUACGCCAUUGCCGGAGGCAAUAAGGAUGGGCGCUUUCAGCUGGAGGGGAACACUAUCUUCUAUCUCCUCAAUGACCUGCCUGAGCCUCGCACCUAUGUGCUGCUAGUGAAGGUGUGGAGCAGCGCUGGUAGCCCGCGCCGCAGCACUGUGGUAGCACUAGUGGUGCAUGUCACCCCUCGGAGCACCCCAGUGCCGCCCAGCACCACCACCUGGCAGACGGUGUUGCAGAAGGACCCACUGGUCAUCAUGCAUACAGUGGCAGUGUGGCACCCACCAGCCUGGUUUGUGGCCGUGCUGACAGUCUCCAGUGCCCUGUUGCUGGUCACCCUGGCCUGCAUGGUUUGGAGACUGCUGUGCAGAAACCAAGACUCUGGCAAGUUUCUUCUAGACAAGAGCAGCUCCUGGGAUGUAGAGGAGCAGAGAGGAGUUGAAGAGAAGCAGAGCAGCCCCCAUGCCAGCAGCCCACACUCUCUCCCAUCUCCUCUGUGCAGGGGCAGUUUGAUGGUCGUGCCCAAGACCCACGCACCGGCAGGGACUAUCUCUUCAACAGCAAGACUGGGACACGGCGCUGGAUCUGAGCAGCCUGACUCAGUGAAGGGCUCCCUAUGACCCACAGCUCCCUGCAGAUCAUGCCAGGGAGAGCACCAUGCACUGGCAGAUAAUUUGAUGCAUCACUCAGGCCUGAAAGGAGAAGGAAAUCCUUUUUCUGUGUCCAAACCUGCUGCCCAUGUUGGAGUGGAGACAACCCUUGAGCCAUUCCAGGCAGCACAGACUCAAUAAACUGUGGCAGAGAUUGCA